GGCUGGGGAGAGCUGCAGUGCCAGGGGAGAGCGCUCCCAGCCCGGCCACCCGGGCACCCGGGGCUGGGGAGCCGCCGGACUUGGGCGAUGGGCGGCGCUCAGUGACGCCGCCGUUGCCCGUUUGGCAUCAAGGACAUCGAGCCCUCCGGGGGGGUGGGGGUGCAGGGGGCAGCCCCCAAUCGUCAUUGCAGCCGCUGAGAGGCUCCACUGCUGCCCGGCUUUGGGGGGUAACUGGACGAAAGCGGGGUGCCUGGAAUCGCUUAUCAAUUUUUUGGACAUUUCUUUCCCUCGGACGUUGGAAGAGGAUCUAUUCAGAGCCAAAGGCUUUACAUUAUUCUUGUUUUUUUUUUCUUUUCCUUUUUAAACCCUUUUCCUUUGCAUCUGUGGAGUAUUUUUGUUUGGGAUUUGGGAUUGAAGAGGCAUACAGAGAGACAAACACACACGCACAUACAGAGGGAGAGACAGAGGGAGAGAGAGGAGAGAGAGAGAGAGAGAGAGAGAGAGAGAGAGGCAGAGACACCAUCUGCAGUGUCAAUGCGGCGCUCCCGCUGAAGGAGGGAAAAGCGGCAAUCCCAGGGGAAGACCCCUUCUGGGUCCCGAUCCUUUGAAGUACCUCUUGGGGGUGUGACUAUUCCUGUGGCCAAGAGGACCCAUCUCUGAGAUGAAGGCCAUGCCUUGGAACUGGACUUGUGUGCUCUCCCAUCUCCUGCUACUGGGGAUGGGUUCUGCAGCCCUCCUCUCCCGACAGCCCCCAUCCUCAGCUCAGAAGCGGUCUUUUCUCACAUUCACUGCUGAGCCCCCAGAGGGCUUCAACCACCUGGUGGUGGAUGAGAGGACAGGGCACAUCUACCUGGGGGCUGUCAACCGUAUCUAUAAAUUGUCCAGUGACUUGAAGGUCCUGGUGACCCACCAGACAGGGCCCGAUGAGGAUAACCCCAAGUGCUACCCGCCCCGAAUUGUCCAGACCUGCAACGAGCCCCUCACGACCACCAAUAACGUCAACAAAAUGCUCCUCAUUGACUACAAGGAGAACCGGCUGAUUGCUUGUGGGAGUUUGUACCAGGGUAUCUGUAAGCUUCUCAGGCUGGAGGACCUCUUCAAGCUGGGAGAGCCAUUUCACAAGAAAGAGCAUUACCUGUCUGGGGUCAACGAGAGUGGCUCCGUCUUUGGCGUCAUUGUCUCCUAUAACAACCUGGAUGACAAGCUGUUCAUCGCCACUGCAGUGGACGGGAAGCCAGAGUACUUUCCCACUAUCUCCAGUCGCAAAUUGACCAAGAAUUCUGAAGCGGAUGGCAUGUUCGCUUACGUCUUCCAUGAUGAAUUUGUGGCUUCUAUGAUUAAGAUUCCUUCUGACACCUUCACCAUCAUCCCUGAUUUUGACAUCUAUUACGUCUAUGGUUUCAGCAGCGGUAACUUUGUUUAUUUCCUGACCCUUCAGCCAGAAAUGAUGUCCCCACCAGGCUCUGCCACCAAGGAGCAAGUUUAUACCUCCAAGUUGGUGCGGUUGUGUAAGGAGGACACGGCCUUCAACUCCUAUGUGGAGGUGCCCAUAGGCUGUGAGCGCAACGGGGUGGAGUAUCGCCUGCUGCAAGCCGCCUACCUUUCCAAGGCAGGGGCCUUCCUCGCCCGGACCUUGGGAGUUCGAUCAGACGAUGACAUUCUCUUCACUGUGUUCUCCAAGGGUCAGAAGCGGAAAAUGAAGUCACUGGAUGAGUCAGCCCUGUGCAUCUUUGUCCUGAAGCAGAUCAAUGAUCGCAUCAAAGAGAGGCUACAGUCCUGCUACAGAGGGGAGGGCACUCUGGACCUCGCCUGGCUCAAAGUGAAGGAUAUCCCCUGUAGCAGUGCGCUCCUAACCAUCGAUGAUAACUUCUGUGGCCUGGAUAUGAAUGCGCCCCUCGGGGUUUCAGAGAUGGUGCGUGGCAUGCCCAUCUUUACGGAGGACAGGGAUCGGAUGACCUCAGUCAUCGCCUAUGUUUACAAGGAGCACUCGCUGGCUUUCGUGGGCACCAAGAGUGGCAAGCUGAAAAAGAUACGUGUGGAUGGGCCCCGGGGGAAUGCCCUACAGUAUGAAACCGUGCAGGUGGUGGAGCCUGGCCCAGUUCUCAGGGAUAUGGCCUUCUCCAUGGACCAUGAGCAACUCUACAUCAUGUCAGAAAGACAGCUCACCAGAGUUCCUGUUGAGUCCUGUAGUCAAUACCGAAGCUGCAGUGAGUGUCUUGGCUCAGGAGACCCCCAUUGUGGUUGGUGUGUGCUUCAUAACACGUGUACCAGGAAGGAGCGGUGUGAGAGAUCCCGGGAACCUCGAAGGUUUGCUUCAGAGAUGAAACAGUGUGUCCGUCUGACAGUGCAUCCUAACAACAUCUCUGUCUCACAGUACAAUGUGCUGUUAGUCUUGGAGACCUAUAAUGUCCCAGAACUGUCAGCUGGUGUCAAUUGUACCUUUGAGGACCUAUCUGAGAUGGAUGGCCUAGUGGUGGGCAACCAGAUUCAAUGCUAUUCCCCUGCAGCUAAGGAAGUGCCUCGGAUCAUCACUGAGAAUGGGGACCACCACAUUGUCCAGCUGCAGCUCAAAUCUAAGGAGACGGGCAUGACCUUUGCCAGUACCAGUUUUGUUUUCUACAACUGCAGUGUCCACAAUUCGUGCCUGUCCUGCGUGGAGAGCCCCUACCGCUGCCACUGGUGCAAAUACCGCCAUGUCUGUACUCACGACCCCCAGACCUGCUCCUUCCAGGAGGGUCGAGUAAAGCUUCCUGAGGAUUGCCCUCAGCUGCUGCAAGUGGACAAGAUCCUGGUGCCAGUGGAGGUGAUCAAGCCCAUUACCCUGAAGGCCAAGAACCUGCCCCAGCCACAGUCAGGUCAACGAGGCUACGAGUGCAUCCUCAACAUCCAGGGUACCGAGCAGAGGGUCCCUGCCCUGCGCUUCAACAGCUCCAGCGUGCAGUGCCAAAACACCUCUUAUUCCUAUGAGGGAAUGGAGAUCAACAGCCUACCUGUGGAGCUGACCGUUGUGUGGAAUGGGGACUUCAACAUUGACAACCCAGCCCAGAACAAAGUUCAUCUUUACAAGUGCGGGGCCAUGCGAGAAAGCUGCGGCCUGUGCCUCAAGGCCGACCCAGACUUCGAGUGUGGCUGGUGCCAAGGGCUGGGGCAGUGCACCCUCCGACAACACUGUCCCACCCAGGAGAACAAAUGGCUGGAGCUGUCCAGUACGAAUGGCAAGUGUACCAACCCCCGCAUCAAUGAGAUCAGCCCAUCAACAGGUCCCCGGGAAGGAGGCACCAAGGUGACUAUCCGAGGCGAGAACCUGGGCCUAGAAUUCCGAGACAUCGCCUCCCACGUCAAGGUGGCAGGGGUGGAAUGCAGUCCCCUGGUGGAUGGAUACAUCCCUGCGGAACAGAUCGUGUGUGAGAUGGGGGAAGCCAAGCCCAGCCAGCAUGCUGGAUUUGUGGAGAUCUGUGUGGCCGAGUGCAAGCCUGAGUUCAUGGCCCGCUCCUCCAAGCUCUACUAUUUCAUGACAUUGACCCUGUCUGACCUGAAGCCCAUCCGGGGGCCCGUGUCUGGGGGCACCCAAGUGACCAUCACUGGCACCAACUUGAAUGCAGGCAGCAAUGUGGCAGUGAUGUUUGGAAGCCAGCCCUGUCUCUUCUACAGGCGAUCCACAUCACACAUCAUCUGUAACACCACUUCUUCAGAGGAGGUGGUUGAAAAGUCCAAGGUGCUUGUGCAGGUAGACAAGGCCAAGAUCCAUGCAGACCUCUACUUCCAAUACGUGGAGGACCCCACCAUCCUGAGGAUCGAGCCUGAGUGGAGCAUUAUCAGUGGAAAUACCCCCAUUGUUGUCUGGGGGACACACCUGGACCUCAUCCAGAAUCCCCAGAUCCGAGCUAAGCAUGGAGGGAAGGAACACAUCAAUGUCUGUGAGGUUCAGAAUUCGACUGAGAUGACCUGCCAGGCUCCAGCCCUUGCCGUAGAUCCCGACCACCAAUCUGACCUGACUGAGAGGCCGGAGGAGUUUGGUUUCAUCCUAGACAAUGUCCAGUCGCUGCUGAUCCUUAACAAGACCAACUUCACCUACUACCCUAACCCUGUGUUUGAGGCCUUUGGCCCUUCGGGCAUCUUAGAGCUUAAACCUGGCACACCCAUCAUUCUGAAGGGCAAGAAUUUGAUUCCACCGGUGGCUGGAGGUAACAUGAAACUGAACUACACAGUGUUGGUUGGAGAGAAGCCAUGUACCGUGACGGUGUCAGAUGUCCAACUGCUCUGUGAAUCUCCCAACCUCAUUGGACGACACAAAGUGAUGGCCCGAGUGGGGGGCAUGGAGUACUCCCCUGGAAUGGUGUACAUCUCUCCAGACAGCCCUCUCAGCCUGCCUGCUAUCGUCAGCAUCGCUGUGGCCGGGGGGCUCCUCAUCAUCUUCAUAGUGGCUGUGCUCAUUGCCUACAAGCGCAAGUCCCGUGAGAGUGACCUCACCCUGAAGAGGCUGCAGAUGCAGAUGGACAACCUGGAGUCCCGUGUGGCUCUGGAGUGCAAAGAAGCUUUUGCUGAGCUGCAGACAGAUAUCCAUGAGCUGACAAGUGACCUGGAUGGAGCUGGAAUUCCCUUCUUGGACUAUCGGACAUAUACCAUGCGAGUGUUAUUUCCUGGCAUAGAAGAUCACCCUGUUCUCCGGGACCUGGAGGUACCAGGCUACCGCCAAGAGCGUGUGGAAAAGGGACUGAAGCUCUUUGCCCAGCUCAUCAACAACAAAGUAUUCCUGCUAUCUUUCAUCCGUACCCUAGAGUCCCAGCGGAGCUUCUCAAUGCGGGACCGGGGCAACGUGGCCUCACUCAUCAUGACAGUGCUGCAGAGCAAGCUGGAGUAUGCCACGGAUGUGCUAAAGCAGCUAUUGGCUGAUCUCAUUGACAAGAACCUGGAGAGCAAAAACCACCCCAAACUACUACUAAGAAGGACGGAGUCAGUGGCUGAGAAGAUGCUAACCAACUGGUUUACUUUCCUUCUCUACAAGUUCCUGAAGGAAUGUGCGGGGGAACCCCUGUUCUCCUUAUUCUGUGCCAUCAAGCAGCAGAUGGAGAAGGGUCCCAUCGAUGCCAUCACUGGGGAAGCCCGAUACUCCUUGAGCGAGGACAAGCUCAUCAGGCAGCAGAUUGACUACAAGACCUUGGUCCUGAGCUGUGUCAAUCCAGACAAUGUCAAUAGCCCUGAGAUCCCGGUGAAGAUCCUCAAUUGUGACACCAUAACCCAAGUCAAAGAGAAGAUCCUGGAUGCCAUCUUCAAGAAUGUGCCCUGUUCCCACAGGCCUAAAGCUGCUGAUAUGGAUCUGGAGUGGCGACAAGGAAGUGGGGCCAGGAUGAUCCUACAAGAUGAAGACAUCACCACCAAGAUCGAGAAUGAUUGGAAAAGACUCAACACAUUGGCCCAUUACCAGGUACCAGAUGGCUCAAUAGUGGCUUUAGUCUCUAAGCAAGUCACAGCGUAUAAUGCGGUGAAUAACUCCACUGUCUCCAGGACAUCAGCAAGCAAAUACGAAAAUAUGAUCCGGUACACGGGGAGCCCUGACAGCCUCCGUUCCCGCACACCCAUGAUCACACCUGACCUGGAAAGUGGGGUCAAGAUGUGGCACCUCGUGAAGAAUCAUGAGCAUGGGGAUCAGAAGGAGGGUGACCGGGGAAGCAAGAUGGUAUCUGAAAUCUACCUAACCCGGCUAUUGGCCACUAAGGGCACUCUGCAGAAGUUUGUGGAUGACCUCUUCGAGACCAUCUUCAGCACCGCCCACAGAGGGUCUGCACUGCCCCUUGCAAUCAAGUACAUGUUUGACUUCCUGGAUGAACAGGCAGACAAGCAUGGCAUCCACGAUCCCCAUGUCCGGCACACCUGGAAGAGCAAUUGUUUGCCAUUGAGGUUCUGGGUCAACAUGAUCAAGAAUCCUCAGUUUGUAUUUGACAUCCACAAGAACAGCAUCACUGAUGCCUGCCUGUCCGUGGUGGCUCAGACAUUCAUGGAUUCCUGUUCCACGUCUGAGCACCGCUUGGGCAAGGACUCCCCAUCCAACAAAUUGCUCUAUGCCAAGGACAUCCCCAGCUACAAGAACUGGGUAGAGAGAUAUUACUCAGACAUCGGGAAGAUGCCCGCCAUCAGUGACCAGGACAUGAAUGCCUAUUUAGCUGAGCAAUCCCGCAUGCACAUGAACGAAUUCAACACGAUGAGUGCCCUGUCUGAGAUCUUCUCCUAUGUGGGCAAAUACAGCGAGGAGAUCCUCGGACCCCUGGACCACGAUGACCAGUGUGGGAAGCAGAAACUAGCCUACAAACUAGAACAAGUCAUAACCCUCAUGAGCAUAGACAGCUGAGAACUGUCCUUCUGAGACUCCCUUGGAGGGGGGACACACCAAGCCGUGCCUCAGACUAAAUCAUCAUCUUUACCAAGUGCAAGUUCCGACUGGCUAUAAGCAGCAUCAUUUGAGCAGCUAGCUCUCUCUCUCUCUCUCUCUCUCUCUCUCUCUCUCUCUCUCUCUCUCUCUCUCUCUCUCUCUCUCUCCCACCCCCGUUCUCUCUCUCCCUCCCUCCCCUCUUUCUUCUCCAUUUCACUCUCUGUCUCUCCCUCAUCUUUUCUCCUUUUUUUGCUCUGCCAACAUCCUUGGUGGGACCAAGCCACCCAGUCCACAGCCAUUCUGGCAGGACAGGAAGACCACAUCAUAGGGGCGAACAGGAGGACACAGGAGCUGAAAUCUUGUUCCCAGCUGUGGCCCACCCUCAGCAAUCAAUGGAUGAUGAUGUCUCCAGUUGGAGAUGAAUACUCAAUACAGGGAUCAUCUCUGUAUUGCUGUCACUACCUUUUGUUUCCCUGCAGUUCCUUCUUUGGAUGGACCCAUGGCCUAGGGAGUGAACAGAGGAACUCAGUAUUAUGUUGGCUGGGAAUACAGGGACACAGCUUUCUCCUUCUGCCCGACCUCCACCUCUGGUUCUAGCCAAUGGUCCCAUCACUCAGUGGCCUUGAGAAGGAAAGCCACAUCUCCCUGAGUAAAGCCAAGGUCCUUGUCUUUCAGGAAGAGACACCCAGACAACUCAUCUCCCAGCUUCUGCUUCUUGUCACAGGAAUUCUCCAGGCUCCCCUCUCUAAUCCCUUUAUCCCGCCCCCUCUCUUGGUUCACAUCUCCCAAGAGAAAGUCAAUUGGAAAGAAAAUCAUACAGCGGAAAGGGACCUGGGUUCAAAUCCUAUCUCUGCUGUGACCUUUAUCUUUAAAAUGAAGGAAGUGCACUUGAUGGUCUCUAAUGGUCCCUUCUAGGUUUAAGUCUAUGGGUCUAUGAAAGGCUGUGAUCCGACUCCCAAGAGCCCCAAAAUGCCAUGUAUUGGGGAAGAGAAGUUGUUGCGGGGAGUGGCAGGGAAAUCUUCCUGUCUUAGAAAAAGAUUUCUUAUUUUUCACCUACCUUCCCUUUCAAAUUAAUCACAACCACCUCCCCAGGUCUAAUUCAUUGGCUUAUCUCUGCCCAGGGCCUCACACCUGACAAACAGAAAGCAAUUGCUGAUCCAGUAACUGUCUUUCUGUUCCUUAUUAUGAUCACUCAUCAGGGGUCACUUUGAAACAAGGAUUGUGUCUGGGGGAUGGCUACUCUAAGCUAUCUGCAUAGCUCCCAUCUACAGCCUUCUUCACUCCCUGUUUCCCCCAGCAGCUCCUGGGGCCAAUGUUCGGCUAACACAAUCUCCGCCCACCCCCCCCCCCCUUUGUUCCAUCAGCAUCCAAGCUGCGCUCCCUGCAACAUCCUCCCUCAUUACCCUCAUGGACAUCACCUGUGAUUGGUGAGCCUGAACAACCUUAAGAUCACCAAAGCAAAAUCCUGGCUGGCCUCAAACCUUCAGCUUACCUUAACAAGGAUAAGUAGUGGACCUUGGCUUAAGGAUGAAGCUGAAGGAGGAGUCACUCUAACUUAGCAAUCUGUUCAUUCAUCUCCAAUCUUGGUUUAACCCAAGGUUCAGUCCUGGGCAGGUAACACACACAAGCAUACACACAGAGACUGCACACUGCACGAUAGAGCAGGAGAAACUUUGGAAAUCAUCCAGUCCAAGUCUUUGCCCAACAUGGUAAUCCCUACAGGCAUCGCCAGCCCUGAAUGGUACCCCACUGGAGAAGAUAAGGGAGCAAAGGAGAACCACCUUCCAGGGGAUGUGCCAGUGGGGGAUGGGGGAUACCACUUCCAUAGUAUACUCCUUAGCAUCAAAUACAUUUCCCUGACACUCAUCUUUAAUAAGGUCUAGUAGGGAGAGAAGAUGACAGCUAUAGCAUUUCCCAUCAGGGCUUAUGAAGCAGGCCUUUUUGGGGGGUGGGAGAGGGGAAGGGGAGGGUGUCCGGGGAAGUAGGUAUAUGUGAAGUUCAGCACAUGUGUACAUGUGUGGCCAGGGUAGGGCUCAGAGUUAGGAGAGGUUUCUCUUUUGUGUAUAUUUAAGAGACCUUUGUAAGGGUUCACCUGGUAAUUGACUCAUCCUGUACCUUAAGGACAUUACAAUAUUGGCUAAAUGGGUUGAAUACUGAUGGUUGGAAGGGAGAGGGGAGGAGACAGGUACUUCAGGAGAUAUCACUUACCUAAAAGAAGUCAGUCUAGUUGUCUGCCAAGUUUCAGCUUCAGAUGGUUUGGGGGGGUGGCAAUGGGGAGGGUG